AUGCUCUCAUAUUAUGAACACAAUACUGCGUUCCAAGCAAACAAUUGCAACUCGGGUAGCAAUGCCGCCACAACAUACAGCAACAACAGCAGUAAUGAGUCCAUCGUAAAUAAAAGAAAUAAUGAUCAUUUUGAGUUUGACACACACGCGUUCUACCAAAGACCCAAGAGAACAAAGCGAGAUUCCGCGAAUACAAGGUCUUCGUCUAGUGCCGGAGCCGCUAACAGUUAUAAUGGCAGUAGUGCUAGUGCCGCCAAUAAUAAUAAUAUUCCAUAUCAGAAAAAUACCGAGAUGUCUCCCUUGCAGUCGGCCAACAUGCGCCAGAGCAUGGACAACCAUUCACUAAGCGAGUCCGAAUUUUACUCAGAAACGGAAGAAUACAUGAUUCACGGUUAUUUCGGUAGGAAUAAUCACGAAAUAACUGGCGACGUUACUAGUGGGAGCGCCAGUGCUAUUCAACACCAGUACCAUUUUCUGCCCCCUCAAAAUACAAUUGCAUCACAUCUACCCAGUACCGCCAUAACCACGCUAACUAGCAACAAUAUUGCAGACGACUACAUGGAUAUAGACUAA